AUGUGUUUUUAUGGUUAUAUAAAUCGUGUAGCCAUUGAUUGAUUGAAGUUAAAUGCAUACAUUUUAUGAAUUGUCAAAUUACUAUGUAUUGAAAUUAACAUUUGUAAAUACUUAGUAGCAGCUCUUCUUCAGACUACAUUUAUUUUUAAAUUAAAUAUUCUCUGAUGUUUUUUUGUUCUUCCAGAUUCAUUCAAGAGGGAAAAGAUGUUGCCAGACAAGGCGACAUGAACCAAGCGCUGACGUUUUUCAAACUGGCGUACAAAAUUCACCAGAGUCAAGAACUUGAAAGCCGGAUAAAGACAAUUGAAGAACUUCUUGCUCAGAAUGACUCAGAGGAAGAAGAUGAAGAGUUUGUGAAUGUUAACGGCAGCGGCUUAAUGCUUUUCAAAGAGUUGUAUGACAAGCUUUAUGACUACCAAAUAAAUGGAGUCGCCUUCUUGUACAGUCUCUGCAGAGAUGGACGUAAAGGUGGAAUCUUGGCAGAUGACAUGGGCCUUGGUAAAACCAUCCAGGUGAUAUCAUUCCUCUCAGGCAUGUAUGACAACGAGCUGGCUAAGCACACACUGCUGGUCAUGCCAACUUCUCUCAUCACAAACUGGACCAAGGAGUUUGCCAAAUGGACUCCUGGCAUGAGGGUGAAGGAGUUUCACGGAUCGAGCAAGGAGAGGACCAGGAAUUUGGAGAACAUUCAGAGGACAAGUGGUGUUAUCAUCACCACGUACUCUAUGCUUAUGAAUAACUGGCAGCAAUUGUCAUCUUACAAUGGCAAAGAGUUCACAUGGGACUACAUGAUCCUAGAUGAGGCACACAAGAUAAAAUCCUCAACUACCAAAACAGCCAAAAGUGCCUACGCCAUUCCUUCAAAAAACAGAGUUCUCCUAACUGGCACUCCAGUCCAAAACAACCUGAGUGAAUUGUGGGCUCUCUUUAACUUUGCUUGCCAUGGGAGUCUCUUAGGCACAGCUAGAACCUUCAAAACGGAGUAUGAGAACCCAAUCACCCGGGCCAGAGAGAAGGACACCACUCCAGGGGAAAAGGCCCUCGGGUCUCGAAUGUCUGAGAACCUCAUGGCCAUAAUCAAACCCUACUUCCUCCGCAGGACAAAAGCCGAAGUGCAGAAAAACAAUAAGAAAGUCCAACUUCCUUGUAAAGAGGAAUAUUCAGAGACCAAGGAUGGCAAAGUCCAAAAUAUUCCAAAAGACUCUGGCGCAGUCAUGCCAACACUGACUAGAAAGAACGACUUAAUUGUCUGGACUUACCUUAGUCCUGUUCAGGAAGAUAUUUACAGGCAGUUCCUUUCACUUGACCACAUCAAGGAGCUGCUCAUGACAACCAGAUCACCUCUAGCUGAACUGAACAUAAUAAAAAAGUUGUGCGACCAUCCAAGACUGCUCUCUGCUGCAGCCAUAGCCAAGUUAGGCUUAGAAGAAAGUACAGCUCUAGGUCAGCAGAACAAUAACAUGGAGACAGACACAUGCACCAUCGCCAACAUUCCAGACGAGACCUUAAUAUCUGAGUCAGGGAAGCUCGUCUUUCUGUUUGCACUUCUCCAAAGGCUCAGAGAAGAAGGUCACCGCACGCUUGUCUAUGCUCAAUACAGGAAAGUGCUCGACAUCAUCGAGCGCAUCCUGGGCAACAGAGGCUUCAAAGUAUUGAGAUUGGAUGGCACAAUAAUUCAGCUUGCAGAGAGAGAGAGGCUAAUCACUGAGUUCCAGACAGACAAAAGCUACUCUGUCUUCCUCCUGACCACCCAGGUUGGAGGGGUUGGUAUCACUUUGACGGCAGCAAACCGAGUCGUGAUCUACGAUCCUAGCUGGAACCCAGCAACAGACGCCCAGGCUGUUGACAGGGCUUAUCGCAUUGGGCAGAGCAAAAAUGUUGUAGUUUACAGACUGAUCACCUGCGGCACAGUAGAGGAGAAGAUCUACAGAAGGCAGGUCUUCAAAGACUCUCUCAUUAGGCAAAAUACCGGGGACAAGAAAAACCCUUUUAGGUACUUCAGCAAGCAGGAGUUGAAAGAGCUCUUCCUCCUCGAGGACACAAGGUCCUCAUCCACUCAGCUGCAACUUCAAUCCCUGCACUCCAGACACCGAAGGACAGACGCUGAACUGGACGAACACAUUGCCCAACUCCACACCAUGGAGAUGUUUGGGAUCUCUGACCAUGACCUCAUGUUUUCCCUCGAUGUAAACCACGAUGAUGACCCUGAAGACCAAGAGGCCCAUCACUACAUUGAAGGGAGAGUGCAGAAGGCCCAGGAGCUGAUGAAGGCUGAGUCAGAGUUACAGAUGCAGAUGGCAGAAAGUUUGACAUCAAACACAGAACCAGCCUGGCUCAGACAACCAGCGGACAACCACAUCAGAGAGUGGACUCAUGAGAAAAAACCAAGAAAUCCAAAACCAAGUCCUUCCCAUCCACAGCAUGAUAGUAACUCUAACGGGUCACCAGUCGUGAUUGAGUUGGACCAGUCUGGUUCUGAUGAGGGGGACGGCCAACAGAAUCUGAGAGGCCAUGUUGUUGAUCUUAUUGCAGAUGAGGGUAUGUCAGAAGAACAUCCUGUCGUAGAAGUAAGCCAGGACAAGCUUGUUGAGCAGAACCUUUAUUCUCCAAAACACGUGUCUGUUAAACAGAAGAGGAGUUACUUGGUAGCCGAUGAAUCCUCCUCUCCGGAGGUGAUUGAAGAGUCUCUGGUGGUCUCGGUUACCAGUGAUGCUGAAUUAAGUGAAAUGGCAGAUGCCUCCAAUCAAAAACUAAGAGACGAGGUAUCUCUGUGUGGAGCUGCUAAUGAUUCGGCAAGUGACGGCAGCAUGGCCUACGUUACAGCAGCUGAUGAAGACGAACAACUUUCAAACGAAACUUCACACUCAAGAAACGUUUCCAAGACGGACUUGGGCCUCCCACAUUUAACAGCCCUGCAGAAUAAAAGACUUUCUGUCUUGCAAGCUUCCACUUCAAGCUUCAAAGCAGACACAUCAUCCAACGUCAGCACAGGGCUUGAUUCCUUUGGAGGCAACUUCAAUUUACAGCUUGAAGAUAGUGACAUGCUCUCAGACCACGAUGAACUGGUUAAUCUGGAAACUGAAGAAGAGGAGACGGAGCUGCUGUCACAGCUGCAGAUGGAGGGGAGUUUUAACAUAAAUAAAUCUCUUUCUGAGAAACAACAUAAGAAAGCAGUCAGCCAAAGCUUCAAUGGCAACAGCUCUGUAAUGGACAAUUCAAUGGAUAAUUCCAUUGUGACUAAGAAGAAAAAAAGAGCAGCAGUAAUUGAUGACAGUGAUCAAGAUGAUGUUGAUGACAGGAGUCACCUGGACAAUUCCUUUCAGGUUCUUGGCGCCUCCACACCUAAAUUGGUGUCAUCUGUCCGCACUCCUCUUCGGUCAAGAAAGAGCGUCGGAGGCAACACCUCCGUGGCCUCGUGCCGAUCCGUCAUUCUAUCCAUCGUCAAAGAUAUGGAGAAUAUCAAAGACAACCAAGCAAUUACCAGCGAGGAGGAGGAAGAAGAAGAUGAUGUUUCAGAAAGGCAUUCUGACGAAGCAGAAGAGGACCUCAUUGGUUCGACUCAUGAUGAGCUUCAGGUGGAGGAGACCCAUGACACAGAGGGCAAGGAGGAUGUGGAAGAAGAGGAGGCAGAUGUACAAGGAGAGGAGUCCGAACAGGAAAUGACCAGCAACAUGGAGCAGUCGACCAGCGAGCCCGAGCUAGCCUCCGACGAACAAAUGGAUCAGUGCACGGCUGAUGGAGUCAAAUUGAGCAGUAACGGCAUCCUGUCCAAGGAGGAGAGCUUCGGAGCCCUGGUCAGGAGAGGGAAGGAGUACCAGAGCAAAGGCAAGCCUGACGACGCAUUGAGCUGCUUCCUCAGAGCUAUCGACAUCCAACCUGGAGAUCCUGAAGUUCAGCUCAUGACCAUCCAACUGUACCGGCAGCUGAGCCAGAGAAGUUAACAAAACAAUCCUGAUACGUACAAAAUAAACCUGACCCUUAAAUGAUACUGUUAGAAUAGACAGUUAGGACAAUUUGCACAACAAAACCAACAAUGUGUUUGUUUUUAAAGACUUCACACAAGGCAACUAUAAAGAGAAAUUCAAGUACAAAUUAUAUUUUAAGUUUGAGUUAUUGUUAUUGUUGCAUGUUAUUGUCUAACAAGUAACAUGUAAUGUUUUGCUAGCUGGGUUCAGGAUAGCAUUUAUUGAAAAGCACCUGGUUACAUUUGUGAAAGAAAAAAUAAAGUAUAUUUUAUUGUAAAUCUAUUCCGAGUUUAUUUCUCAUUAACUGUUGAUUCAUAUAAUAUUUAGUGUCCUGCACUUGUUUCUUCCUAAAAGGGGUAAAAUAAAAAUGUUGCUAGUAAAGUUGUUUUUCCUAUCUAGAAGAAAAAUACAGAAUAUCACUAAACUCAUUCUUUAACAGACUAUAUCCAUCAAUUUAAUAUAACCGUUGAUUUAAAAAAAAAAAAAACUAUUUUGUAACUUUGUAUAAAGUGUAUCUUCCUGAAAGAGCUGAAAUGAAUAUUUCCUAGUAAAGUUGUUUCUAACGGCAUGUUCUUUUCUUUGGGUUGGGACUCGGUCCUUAUUUCAUUGGUUCAAAUUCAGUGAUUUAUCAAACAACUCAAUCUUAAAUUAUUUCCUGGUUGCAGUAAACCAAAGCAAAAUUGGGCAUUUGGAUAAUACAACACAUUUAAAUAUUUUCCUUAUUCUAUGGCAUGCUGUCUAGUGUUUAUAAAGCAUUUAUGAUAAAACAUCACCCAAUUCUAUGUCACAGCUUUUAAGGCAACUUCAUUCUAACUCAAUAUUUCAAGUUACAAUUCCUUUUCUGGUCAAUAGACUGAAUUUACAAAAAACGUAUCGUAUUUUCUUUUCGUUUAAAAAAAGGCAAACAUUUUGAAUAUUUCAUUCUGACCUUAGUUAGAACCGAGGAAAAAAGGGAAAAUAUUAUGCUUCAUCUUCAUGAGUACAAAAUAGCAGGAGCAAAUGUCAACGUAAUCUGAAUGAAUAAUAGAAUAUUUAAAGGAUUCAAUUAUAUUUGUUAUCUUGUUGAAAGUACCACUAAAUUCUACAAUGAAGCAGAGUUAACACCAAGAUAUUUGCUUUUAUGUCUCACACAGAACAAGUAAAGAAUAAAUAAUAGAGACUAAUAAAAAG